UCAAUCGGAGACCUUAUUGUUCUCACGAAACCGCUUGGAACUCAAGUAGCCGUGAACGCGUUCAAAUGGUAUUGCAAUCCAAUUCACCCGAAGUUGCCGAAAUUGAAGGAAAUAACCUCGUUUGAAGAAGUUUGCGAAGCGUAUGAGAGUGCGACCGCAUCUAUGAUACGUUUGAAUCGUAUAGGUGCCAAGUUGAUGAAAAAAUACGGGGCCACUGCUGCGACUGACGUGACUGGAUUCGGGAUACUGGGGCACGCUGAUAAUUUAGCGAAAUCGCAGAUCCGUGAAGUUACUUUCAUCAUUAAG